UUCACACCAAAGCAGCAAGUGUGGGGGUCCAGAUGGUCAAGACUCAAGCUUGACGCGUUCCGCAACUCUUUCGUGAACUCUUCGUGAACAGAAGUUCGGCGCCAUCUUACCGAUCACGCCUUUCAUUCACCAUUUCAAAGACUCAAGAUGGCACCUCAAUCAAUCCCCUCUGGGGCCGAUGCCAAUGCUGAUGCAGCUCGUCUACGAUUCCUCCAGGGAGCCGCUAAAGCACUGACAGUCGCUGCACCAGGAAUCGCUUCUCAUAUUGCCACCGAUAUGAAUCGACUCUUCCCUCCGAUUCCAUCAGCGCCGACUCCAGCGAGCUUAUGUAUGGCCUGUGGCCUGCCCUUGCAGCCCGGCACCAACUGCAAAGUCUCAAUUCACCAUACUGGAACAUCCCGAAUCAAGCGGCGUGCAUAUGCAUCAUUCAUACGAUCUCAUAAAGGCGCUGGGUGUCGAGUCCUUCGGUGCAGCCGGUGCAAUUCGGAGACACUCGAGCUGAUCAAGAAGAAAUCAGUCGCAGAUAUUGCGCCCGCUGAAGAGCAGUUGGCUACUGAAGCGAUCCGCGAUCAGGUGAAAGCCAUUACGGCAACAGCCAAGACGUCGAAGCAAAGGGCGAAGGAGAGGAAGCAGCGUAGUCUACAAGGCUUACUGAGCAAGGCGAAAUCGGAGAAUCCUCCAUCGAGUUCGGGAUUCGGACUCAAUCUUAUGGAUUUCAUGAAGCAUAGAUGAUCCAGUGCAUCCGAUAUCAGAUUCUGUUGGUCCAUCUGGUUCACAAAAUCUGUCGCAUUCACACACUUCUCCGGCCUAUUGGACCUCUACCAGCAAUUCAUGGGAAUACGCAACUCAUGAAAGCCCUUCGAGUAUCCCAAACUAAGAGAUACAGACCUUGACUAUCAUGUCCACGAUCGAAAUAAUUUCUACAGGGAGCGCUUCGAUGAUUCUAGAAGAGAAAAAGACCCUUCCGCUUGGGUAAGCUUGCCGCUGGCGCAUGGUGGGGGAAGAAAUAUUUCAUCAUCACUGCACCACAUCCUCCGCAUGCCAUCAAUUUAAUUUCAUC